AUUAUUUGUACGGAACACCCAUGUUCAUCUUUUAAUGAACUUAACUGUGCAAGAAAUUGAAUUUUUACUCAUACGCUGUUAGAAACUGUUCACACCUGGAAGCACACGUUAAAAAGCACUUAGCUAGAAUUCGUGAUGAAAACAUUUUUUUUUGCGUUUUGUCAACCAAUAUUGUAUUUGAAUGUGUUAAGGAAAGGACGCGUUUGGUAUUUAUCACUUUUCUCAAAGAAAUUAUUUCUAUUUAAUAAGAGGUAAUGUUGUCAAUUAUUGAACUGUGUGUAUACUUUAAUUUUCUUUACAUGCUGAAUUAUCGAAAGGAGAAGAAAAAAUGGUUGAAAUGGUUACAUUUCUUAAAACAACUUGUUUGUGUAUGUAUUGAAGUAGAAGCACGCAAAACCUAUACCAUCCGUUGAUUUUAUCUCUUUUUCAAACAAGAACGAUGUUGAUUAGCUACUUUAUAAACUUUGAAGCCAUUUAACGACUGCUCUUGCUAAUCUUUCUCGCUGUUCUUUUUCUGUAUGAUAUAUUGGCAUCUGUUGUGACACAUGUCCGUUUGAUGAUAGGGAUAUGCUCUUUGCCUAUGUAUUAUGUGAGAUCAUUUUACUAUGGAAAAACUCGACAGACUUAAAGCGACUGGUUGCUCCUCGCACUUUUUUUUGCAUCAUACUCGAACACCGUUUAGUGAUCAACGGGACUCGUCAAGCUUUGCAAAACUGGCCGCGCACAAUCUGCUGUGUUCGGAACGCCCUCGAAAUUCGUCGACGACAUGUGAAACAGGUGAAACUCAAGUGGAAACAGCAUCUCGUUGGUUGUUCAUGAGCAUAAAAUGGGCAAAGGGUUUGCCGUAUUUUUCUGAACUUUACUAUCCUGACCAACUGGAGCUUUUAAGAAGAAACUGGAGCAAACUGUUUCUCUUCAAUUUAAUGUGCUUCGAAAUGUUGCCAGGAAACUCGCGACAUGACGUCAGCAGUAUGUUGAAAGAUGUAUUUUUACGAUGGAGUAAAGCCAAUAAUAGGCCUGAAAUACCCGGUAAGAUUGAGCACGGCUUGGAAAAACUUCGACGUUUGCGCUUAGAUGAAACUGAAACAUUGUUGGUGAAGUCUCUUCUACUCUUUAAUCCAGAAACUGAAGGAAUUGUGGACAGCUCUCUGAUACAGGUAACCCAAAAUAAAUGUCAUAGAGCCCUUGAGGAACAUACAUUAUCUACACAUCCUGGUGAACGCGAACGUUGUGGAUGUGUAUUGUUAACUGUCUUGACUUUGAGCUCGUUUGAAGAGCGGGACAUCGAAGCAAUAUUUUUGUCGUCAGUUUUGGGAAAUGCAACCGUUAAAUCGCUAAUGGAGAAUAUAUUAUGUAUAGAAUCUAUUUAAAGUCUCGUAAAAUACGAAGAAUCCCAUGGAGCAUGGUGUGACGCAGGGAACAGAAGUUUUUUAUUAUGAUAAACUUUAAUAAAUUGAAAUAGUUGUCCAUUUUAUGUAUGCAGGAAAUAAAUGGAAUAUAGCAUUCAUUUCUUUGAA